ACACCAACGUCACACAUUGAAUUGAUACUUUCAAAUUCCUAUCCCGGUUGGAUUGCUCAAUACAUAUAAUUUUUAUUUCUGUUCAUAAAAUAAAUUGACAGUAAGUACUUCUAGUAAUUUGUAUAGAAAUAAAUAAAAACUCUAUUUAACGUUAUCAAUGCUGCGCACACUGACUAUUAACCUUAGUAAAAGCCGGCGCGCAUGUAUUGCUGAAUCAUUUUUUAUCAAACAAAUCCACACAAAGAGGAGUCUUCGGUCUAAACAGACACAGACAAAUAAAAUAGUUAAUGCCAUGGCUGUUGAUAAAUCUAAUUUUCUGCUGCCAAACAACCAGAGAUUUGUGGAGUUAGAUAGUUCACAAGCUUUUGGCAAUUUAACUAAUCAAGAGAAGCUAUAUGCUCACUAUUUAAGUCAGGCUGCCUGGAAUGGAGGACUGAUUGUACUCAUGCAAACAAGUCCAGAAUCCCCAAGGAUAUUCUCUUUGUUGCAUAGAAUAUUUGUAAGUGAAUCUUUGGAAAAUCUCAAACAGUCAGCUUUGAAAGCUGGUGUAACUGAGGAUGACUUUCAGGCAUUUCUGGUGUAUGCUGGUGGUGUAUUUGCAAAUAGCGGUAACUACAAAGGAUUUGGUGAUACCAAGGUCAUACCGAAUCUGUCAAAGGAAUCUUUUGAACUGAUUGUGAAAGCAUCGAAAGCAUAUGAAAAUGACAAUACUCAUAUAACAAAGCUGUGGCAGAAUAAUUGUAAUGCUAUUUAUAGUAUAGCACCAAGAUUGACAAGUUUGGGACUGGCCGAUAAGGGUAUAACAACGUAUUUUUCAAGUAAUUGCACAGAGACUGAUUCUAAUUUGGUAAACGAUUGGAUGAAGACCAAACGUAUUGAGGCAUACAUAUGUCGGACAUUUAAGACUGUAGCAGAUGAUGGGUUACCCCUUUACACAAUUCAUCUGGCAAGUGUUGAAACUGGACCGAAAGCGCCACUGACUAUGGAAAAGGAAAAAUACAAAGACGCUUAUUUCCAAAUGACACGUGGCGAUUACUCGCCAUUGCUGAAAUUAGUCAACGAAAACCUAGAAAUGGCAAAGCGGUAUGCAUCAAAUGAUGUGGAGAAGAAUAUGCUGAAACAUUACAUCAACAGUUUCAGAGAAGGCGAUUUGAAUGAGCACAAAGAAGGCAGCAGAUAUUGGAUUAAGGAUAAAGGACCUAUAAUUGAAACGUAUCAGGGCUUUAUAGAAACUUAUCGGGAUCCGAGCGGUCAACGGGGCGAGUUUGAAGGUUUCGUGGCGAUGGUCAACAAGGAGAUGUCGAAGAAGUUCGGAGCCCUAGUAGAUGGUGCUGAGCGUUUCAUCAAACUGUUGCCCUGGGGUGAGGACCUGGAGAAAGACACUUUCUUACGGCCGGACUUCACCAGUUUAGAUGUUCUAACAUUCUCCGGAAGCGGUAUACCGGCCGGCAUUAAUAUACCCAACUAUGACGAGAUCCGUCAGAACGAAGGUUUUAAGAAUGUUUCACUGGGCAACGUCAUUCCUGCCGCCUACAAGGAGUCUGUUAUACCUUUUUUGUCGGAAGUUGACAAGAAGCUAUUGGAGCAAUACAGAGUCUCUGCAUUUGAGGUUCAAGUUGGCCUUCAUGAACUACUAGGGCACGGCAGCGGUAAACUUCUGCGUCAAAACGCCGACGGAACGUUCAAUUUUGACAAGGAAAAGGUCAAGAAUCCGUUAACAGGUGAAUCCAUCACGAGUUGGUAUACAGAGGGGGAAACGUAUGAUAGCAAGUUCACCACUUUGGGCUCUGCCUUCGAAGAGUGUCGAGCGGAAGCAGUAGGGCUCUACCUGUCGUUAGAGCCACAGAUUCUCAAGAUAUUCGGUUAUGAAGGCCAAGAGGCGGAAGACGUGAUGUAUGUGAACUGGCUGAGUCUACUAUGGAAUGGCGCCGCUAAAGCCACUGAGAUGUACCAGCCGUCCACUAAGUCUUGGCUUCAGGCACACGCGCGGGCGCGUUUUGUACUGAUGCGUCUAUUGGAAUUAGAAGGGAACGGCAUCCUCACAAUCACAGAGUCAGACCCGGGAAAAGAUCUUCUACUCACAUUAGAUAGAAAUCGCCUUCGCACCGACGGAAAGAGAAUACUUGGCGAGUUUCUGGUGAAGCUGCAGACUAUAAAGGCAACAGGCGACGUGAGCAGCGGCGAGGCGUUAUUCAAUACUUACUCGAGCGUGACCGAUCCGUGGGCCCGCUGGAGGGAUAUAGUGCUGCUACAUAAACAGCCCAGGAACAUAUUCGUACAACCUAACACCAUGGCCAAAGGUGAUACUGUAGAACUGAAGCGGUACCCCGCGAGUGCGGAGGGCAUGAUAGCAUCAUGGGUAGAACGCUUCCCCUCCACGGAUGUGGACGAUGUUCUGGAGCAACUGGCCGAGGCAGACGCCAAAUAUUUCCAAGAUUUACAAACGUUACUCGUGUAAACGACUAACCACAAUAAACACUGCCACUUUUAU